AUGGCAAGCAUUGCUGACAGUGAAGUGACUUUUUGCAGUCGUGCUUUGCAGUAUGGGCUGGGUCAGAGCGUUGUUGACAGUCUGUCGUCUUCUGGCAUUAAGACGUACUCGUCGCUGCUGUUUGCUGUGGCCAGUGCACCUGGGGCCAUUGACGACACACGUCUCAAGGCUGCCCAGUCCAAACACUUGGGUGCCAAUCCCUCCGAGGGCUCGCUGUCUGCCUUUUCACGCCUGUUGUUUGAGGCUGGCACCUUUGUGGUUGCCGAGUUGCGCAGCAGUGUUGCUGGUGAGGAUGAUGGGUCGAAGAAGUUGACGCAUCAGGAGCGGUCGAGCCGCAUGGCGGCCAUGCGGUCCAAGCUCGGUGCUUGGCCCAUUGCUGGGUCUUUUGAGCCCAGCAACUCCUUGAUCGACCAGGCCUUCUGCAUGAUUUCUGACUCAUCUGUUCGCUACAUUGCUCCUAGUCGCUGCAGCUCUCGUGAGCAAGAGAUUGGUAGUGAAAAGAGGGAUGACACCCUCUUUCGGCUGGAAGCCAGCGCUCUCAAGGCUGCUCGCAAGCCCACUGUGUUAAAGGCUGACGUCAGUAAUGAGUUGCGCCUGUACCAAGCUUUCAGUCGCAGGGGUGUUGCGCUUGAAGUUGCCAAUGUCUGUUCUUUCAGCACGCACGAGACGUAUGUCAGGGGACUUUUCGAACACUUGCAUCGGAUGGCCCCUCCGGGGUACAGUCCUCCUGGCAUUGAUGCUGUCAUCGCUGCUGAUCGUGCUGUUUGGCAACAGGUUGCUUCUCAGGUGCCCUGUCUUCCUGCCGUUGACGCUGCCUCUGCUGUCGAUGCUGCCCUUGCUGCUGCGGCCAACUCCCCAGGAGUAACCUUCCACGUUUUGCCUCGCGAGAAGAAGCGCGCCUUGGAGGACAAGAGCAGCCAGCCGUCCAAGUGGCCGCAGAAAGGCAAGGACAAGCAUGGUAAGGGUGGCAAGAACGGCAAAGGCAAGGAUGGGAAGAACAGGCCAGGCAAUGGCAAGGGCCCCGGUUCACCGUCUAAACAGACUGCUGUCCCUGCCGCUUUGAAGGGACUCGAUCCCAACCGGGACGGUGCUCCUCUCUGUUUUGACUUUUCGUUGGCCCAUGGGUGUAAGCGUGAGACAUGGAGUACAUCGAAGGGUGUGCAGUGUGAGAAAGGCUUGCAUCUCUGCAUGCGCUGUGGCUCUUCCGACCACGGCCAUGUUCUGGAGGCGACUCAGACCGAGGUUUGGCCAGACUUGUUCGCUGGCCAUUCUUCUUCCACAGAUUCGCUUGACUGUGUUUCCAGUGAUUUUUCCGAGGCAUCUGCUGUGCAAGCCUCCGAGGAUGUUGUUUGCUCUGCCUCUGCCGUGCCCUUUGCUGCACGCGUGGGCCCCAGUUUUGGCAAGUCACAGGACGCUGUCGGGACUGACGUCGCUGCUCAUGGCGGUGGCCAAUCUGUCCCUCUGGUCGAGGGUCGCGCACCUGCUGACAAACUGCCUGGUUCCACUUCUGCGCAGCCUGAUAGUUCACGGCGGUUCGCAUGUGCCUCCUUAGAGAUUUUUGCUGGGUCCUGUCGUCUCAGCAAGUGCCUCAGGGGAGUUGGGUUCGAAACUGUCGCUGUCGAUGUGAAGGAUGCGCCUGGGCACCCUGUGCUGAAGCUGGACUUGGUGUCAGCUGCGGGAGUGAGCGUCCUUUGGGACAUUCUCAAGUCUGGACAACUGUUGUAUGUUCACAUGGCACCCCCGUGCAGCACUGCUUCCGCUGCCAGGUUCAUACCUGGCGGCCCCAGGCCGCUGCGCAGCUACGCUUGUCCUGAUGGCGUUGACGGUUUGAGUUUUGCUCAUCGCUGCCAGGUGUCAAAUGCAAAUCGUUUGUAUGCACUGUGCAGGGACAUUGCUUUGUUUUGUGAAUCAAAGGGCAUCGAUUGGAGCAUCGAGAAUCCCUCCAGCAGCCUCUUCUGGAUGACAUCGCCGUUGUGUGACCUGGCACGUGGUCUGGGCCCUCGUUUGCGCACUGUCGUUUUUGACCACUGCUGCUGGGGCGGUGAACGGCCCAAGCGCACUGCGCUCUGGACGAGCCUUGAGUGCCUGGCACCCCUGGAGCUUCUUUGCUCCCCUGAUCUGGGACAUACCCACAAGCCGUGGGGUAGGCUGCCGGAUGGGUCCUGGAGCACUAAGGUCGAGGCUGCUUAUCCGUUGCCGCUGUGCAAGUUCUGGGCUUCGCUUUUGCGUGACAAUUUUUCACUGUCUGCAGGUUCUGACAGGUUGGACAAUGAGCUGUGGGAAGCCACUGUGAAGGAUGCUUCCAGGGAUCGUGUUCGUGCGGUGGAUGACUUCAGCUUCAACGGUCUGAAUGACACACUUGGCACCUGCGAGAAAGUCACCACCAUGUCCACUGUACACACGACCGCUCUGGGACUUAGGCUACUGCGAGUGGCUAAGGCGCGUGGCAUGAGCCUGUUGGGUCGCUGUUUCGACUUGAAGAGCGCGUGUCGGCAACUCCCGAUCCACUUGGAUGAUCUGCCGUACGCCGCUGUUGCAGUGUGGUGUCCUGAAGCACAGGAUGUUAGGAUUCUUCAGAUGUUUUCUCUCCCUUUUGGAGCUGGUGGCAGUGUGCCAGCCUUCGUCAGGGUUGCUCUUGCGUUGUGGCGAGUACUUUGCCGCUUUCUGUCCGUGCCUGCAACGCUGUUCUUUGACGACUUUACCUGCAUGGUGCUGUCUCCCGAUGCCGCUAGUGCUGAAGCUUCUGUACACCUGCUUUUCAGGAUCCUCGGAUGGCGCUUGGCCAUGGACGGCACGAAAGCAGCUCCGUUUUCUGCAUUGUUUCAGUCUUUAGGCGUGGUGUUCUGCCUCCACCCAGGUGUAGACUGCAGCUUGUCUGUCACCAACACUGAGGCUCGCAAGGCUGAGGUCGCUGCCUGGUGCUUAGACAAACUUAGGGACAAGUCUGCAACACCCAAGGAGUGUGAACAGUUUGCUAGCAGGGUGAGGUGGUUGGCAGGUCAGGUUUUCAGACGUUCUGCCUCUGCUGCACUUCGUGUUCUGUUGCGCGCCGGCCGGGAAAGCCGUUCGUUCACUGCUCGACCCUUGUCUGCUGAACUGGCUUGGGCCAUUAGGUGGAUACUUGAGAAUAUCCCCAAGGGCCAGCCGCGACGGUGGUCGCUGCGCAACAGGAAAAAGUUACACCUGUUCACUGAUGGUGCCGUGGAGGGUGAAUCUGCCUCGAUCGGUGCUGUCCUCUGCGAUGGCUGGUGCAAGCCUCUUAGGUGGUUCGGCUGUGAAGUUCCUGCCUCAGUACUCGGCGACUGGUGGGCGUCCGGCACGGACCACCCCAUCAUACAGUGUGAGUUACUUGCAGCUGUGGUAGCCUGCCACGUUUGGUCUGACUUGCUGUCUUCUGCCAACGUCUGCCUGUGGGUGGACAACGAGGUUGUUCGCUUUGGCAUCAUAAAUGCCUUCAUACGGCCACCGUCUGCUAUGCACAUGUUGUCCAGGCUUCUGCAGGCUGAGGUGUCUGCCGACAUUGGCAUGUGGGUCUGCCGCGUGCCUUCGCACAGCAACCCAGCCGAUGGGCCCAGCCGUGGCGAGACUCCGCCUUUCUUGGCGCAGGCCCGACAAGUGAAAGUAGACGUGGGGCUCUUGGUUGAACUGGCCAGCGCUGGUUAA